UCUUUCUUUCUUUCUUUCUUUCUUUCUUCUUCCGCUCCCAUUGUGCAAGCUUUUAAAAUGGGUGCUGCAGGACUGAAUUGGCCGACGGCAGGACUGCUCCUCCUCCUCGUCCUCGGUGGCGCGUUGGCGCAGAGCAGCAGUGCUACUCCUAUUACUACUACUACGACGACGACGGACGCGCAGAAUGUCGACGUGUCGCCGCUGGGCGCAUCCAUCACCUUCCAAGUGCACUCGGCCAACGACGUGCGCGAAUGGCCGCAGCUCAUCCGCAAGGGCACAGACAUGUUCAAGAUUGACGGGCAUCACACGCCGCCGCACGUCUGCGCAACCCAGCAGUCGGUGGUCUCGCGCGGCUUGGAUCCGCGUGGAUGCCUGCUGCUCGUGCACGAUCCGCCGUCGCGGCUCUACCCGUACUUUUCGUCGUACGACGUGGUGGACUUUCUGAACGACCCGGCCAUCCGCCCGCUCCUGACGCAGCCCGAUCGCACCAUCACGCUGUACACGGACUGGAAGUUUGACAGCGACAACUACCCCUUUGUCAAUCCGGCCGUCGUCGACAGUCUGCGCAACGAGUUUAUCGCAAAUCUCUCGCGCACCAUCACCACCAACCAGCUCAACAUGAAGCUGCUCACUGAAGGCUAUGGCGGUCUGGCCGCCACGUACUGUCCAAGCGCGGCUGACAUUACCAACCAGGCCUCGUGCUACAACACGGAUGUCAACUGCCAACAGUAUGCCGUUCUCAACUGUGAAGCCAAUCCCAUCCCUUUCGACCCCGUCAACAAGAAUGUUGAUUCGCUCUGCCCCACCAAGUUUGGCAAAUUUAUCAACUCGACCUGGCCCUGGGUGUACUGGGAACCAACUGACCAACCUUCCAUCUUCAAGGUGUUGGAUGCCUAUGUGUCGUGCGGUGUUGAGCAUGAUGCAACCUUCCGCAUCGCCAUCAACUCUGACCCUCUGCAUUACGAGGUCUUUGCUGCUUCACGAAGCGGAAAGGCGUGGAAUGCCCACUUGGCCGCCCAGCCCAGCAUUUCCGCCUCCCGCUUGCUGACGGCACCCCUUGCCAGCAACGCGAACGUGCCCGACCUCGUGGCCGUCUUUUCGGUGGGUACGGCUGACACGGGACUGGUGCACCGCUACCAGGUGACGCGAUCGACGACUGUCUUUGGUGCCGUUGCUCCCGCGCCCGUGCUCGGCCUUGCCGGCGCAACUGCGCUUUCGACGCCCAUCGCAGCCGCUGGCAUCUCGGCCCAAGCCUCUGGUCCAUCCCAGCAGCCUGUUGCGAUUGUUCUUGACGCUGUCGGCAACUAUGUCGUCUAUGUGUACAGCUCGGCCGACCUCGGCUCGCUCGCGCUUCUCGGCAACGGCAGCUUCUCGCCGUACGUGCCCUUGAAGGCCUCUCUCGAUGUCACAGUCUUGAACGCGUCGCAGACCUCCAUCACCAUCUUGCACACGUUUGUGCCGUCGGCCCCGCUGUCGUCCGGCCCGUGCCCUGCGUACUUGGCUCUCUGGGAGAUUUCCCUCGCCUCGCCCUCUGCUCCAGUUGCGCUGGGCACUCCGACUUGCGUUUCGUCCGCCGCGCUCACCAUCACCAAGGCGAGCGUUGCCGCAGCCGAGCAGGUGCUGCCCUACCUCGUCUACCCCUGCACCACCACCGAUGCCUAUGCCGGCUUUGCCACAUUCUCCACCGACAAGAACACAAUCCAUGGCGCACCCAUCUGCAUCAACCUGGUCAAAAUGACAGUCCAAAUCUGCUUGCCGCUGCCCGGCGCCACCUCCUUGCAGUGCCAUGGCCUCUCCUCCGCCCCGUUGGGUGCAGCUCCCCAGCUGGAUGUCGGCACGGCGCCCUCCGUUGCGAUGCAGUUUGUCAAUGGGACUGCCAUGCUCCUCGAAGUGCACCAGGACGGCUUCUGCACCAACUGCGACUGGCACAACAAGCGCGCCUACCCGCAAUUGUGCGACGUCGUGCAAGAGUCGUACUCGGGCGUGCUCGCGGCCAACUAUGGUCGCUACAGCGCGUUUGUCGCGCAGGUUGCCUCGGCCACGGCCUCCAACCCCGGUCAGGCACUCAUUUCGGCCUGCCACGCCUCCAUCACGCACGCCGCCUUCGACCAAGGCAGCUCUCCCUCCGUGGCCAUGUACGCUCACGCCGAUGGCUCUGGCCUGGCCAUGGCCGAAGUGCACGUCGGCUUCCCCACUGGCGCGGUCGACUACAACGGCUGCGGUUUCCCCACCGAGUACGACGGUCUUGUUCUCGAUGCCUUUGCUCUGACAGCCAUGCGUGGUGGAGCCAAUACCGACGACGACGACGACGACGACGACGCCUCCCUCGAGAAUGCUGCCGCAGUCGAUCAGUUCUACGCCAAGAUGUCGUCCAACCUUGGUGUUCUGCCCGUGGACAAGCCGGCCGAGCCGCUUCCCACGGCGUCCGAGUGCGAAAUCUGCCUGCAGUCCAUGCAAGAUUUGUACGAUGUGCAAAUCCACGACUACGUCGAAAUCCAGGCCUCCAUCGACGAUGUUGUGAAAACCUGCCCCGAAUCCAGGGUGAUUAUUGGUGGGACUCUGUGGAUGUGCCAGAACAUUGUGCUUUUGUACGGCGACGAACUCGCGGUGGAGGGGCUCCAAGUGGCGUUUAGCCCGCUGAACUGCAACAAGACUGGCGUGUGUUCAUCGCAGUCGUCGGCACUGACAUCUCCACCGCCGCUGGCAGCGCACGCGUCGGCGCUGCGCAACAUGGUGCUUGCGCUUCAUUCCAUCCGCGAUUCCUCCACGAUCCAGCAGCGUCUCGAUCUGUUCAAGGCCUCGCCAGCGAUGGCUGAGCUCGCGCUGAACGCAGUGACCAGCAGCCCCGCUGCCGAGUCUGAUCGCUUCCCCGGUCGUGUUCUCCGCUCUUGGAUGUUCAAGCAAGGGUUGGCCGCAGCUUUCGGUGUGCUGUGAAACGUUCCAGGCGAGGUUGAUUUUUGCCCAAGUACUGUAUGAAUUGAAAAUUUUUGCGAGAAUAUACGUGUGUUAGCUCCCUC